CUGCAGCUAAGAUUCUUCUAUUGUUUAGGGUCGUUGAUAAGUGAAGAAGACGUUACGCAUCUCAAUGAAGUCGAAGAAAAAUUGGCUAAAGUUGAAGAGGCUUCUGGAAGCGCAUCUCCAGAACGAGUUUCACCACCGUUUCCUCCACCGUUUAUGCACAAACGACAAUCUUCGUUUCAGUCGCGAAGUACUACGUCAGAAAACUUGCGACAAGCUCCGGCAGCCGAUAGUUCAACGUUGCUCUCGAUGAACAACGAAUCGACAAAAGAAGGCGAAAUGGUACCUCAGCCAAGCACUUCGAACGAAGAAAUCAAAUCUAAGGCAUCUCAGGGGCAGGGGAAUCAGCAGACUGUAAAUACUUUCCCAGGAGGUUUCACUUCAAUGGGAAGUCCAACAAUGCCACAUUCUCAGACAUGGGCCCCUCUGACAAUCCCUCCAUUUCAGUCAGUGCAGUCGCUUGACAAACCACCUGUUCAAGCAACAAAUCCAUUUUAUCCGAUGCCUUUAAUUGGUCCUUCAACGUCUUACCCAUAUGCACUGAGUACAGCACUAAUGAUUCCUCCUUAUGCGACUUUACCAUUCCCUCACCAGCUUUUAUCUGAGCAACAGAUCUCUCCUCCCAAUCAGAGGUUACCAGAAAAACCUUAUGAUGCCACUGAUCUUUCGGCGUUACAGCUAACUAUGUCAUUAGAUCAGUAUAACCAACAUUUAAUACGGUCUCAGCUAGAUCAGGCGCAACAAACAGCUCAGGUGGCCAGCUGUCAGGUGCAACUUUUACGAGAUCAGCUUACCACUGAAACUACAGCACGUAUUGAGGCUCAGGUUUGCAUAAAUAGUGACUGUAUUUUGAUUUUUUUUUUUGAUUGUUAUGCUAUGCUGAACCAUAAUAAGAGUACUAGAACACAUCAGUUGUUAAAUGCAAAUCGUGAACUGCUGGAACAAGUACAAGCACUAGUCGGUCGACUUCAACUUCUUGAGUCUAAAAUUGCAGCCGAUAUUCAGGGAACUGAAAAAGAUACUAUGGACCCACGAGUACCACUAGUACCGACUUUGCCUCAAGCAGUACCAACUCAAUCAACGUCUGCUGCUGAUACAACUCAGAAGAGCAAAAAUCAAGAAGCCCCCUAUACGCUACAGAAUCGCUCUGGUUUGAACUAUAUGCCGACGUCAAUGACAACCGAUUCUCUCAAAAUCUAUCAACUGAAACCGUUAGCGGAUUUGCGAGCCGGCUCGUUGCCUCCCAAAACUGGUGACAGUGAAGAUGAAAGGAGAAAACGAAAAGAUGACGCCGACAAAGGGGGUGCAAAAACUGAGCCUGAAAGUGCUACUGAGGAUGUUUCGGAUAGUUCUUCAGAUCAGGGUGACAAGCCUUCUGGUGGUGAAUCUAGCGCCUAUAUGUCAAAUCUUGCAUUUCCAAUGUACCAGAACAUUCUUUUAUCUAAUCCACAGGUGAUGCCGCUAUUUUCGCCAUAUUUCCCGACAACAAUUCAAAAUACACAAAUUCCAUCUCCUACGCAUAUGUAUCAAACACCUGAGAAGAAAGAAGCUUCGGCGAAAAAAAAUAAAGACGACAGGACUCAAGAAGCAGGACCGUCAAAUUCUUCAAUUAUUAGGAGAUCAACCAGGAUUGCUGGUGUUCCUGUAAAUAGUGAGUUUGAGUUUAAAAGGAUGUCCUUUAAUGAAAAUCCAAGGCGAUCGGAAAGGAAGAAAAACAGCCCUAAAGCCGGCAACAUUUCUCCUCUCUCAAAAGUCUCUGAGGAAAGUCAGCCUUUCAAUGAUGGGGCGGGAUCUCUACGAAAGCCAAAAGACCUCAAAAAAUUACCCGACAAAGCUGAAACUUCUGCAAAGAAUUUGUUGUCACUAAAUCUUUCACCAACCAGAACAACACUGUUUGGUGAACGUUCGUCACAGCUCGAUAUAAGCUUACCAGCUGGUGAUAACGGAACGAAUUAUGCUUCAGUGAAUCCAAGCAGUUCGAAAAUAAGACGGUCAAGCUUUUGUGACAAAAAUGUAGAACGAGUGCUCGCAUCAAGCACACUAGCUACAGCUAUGUAUCCGCCUAAGUCUUCUAUUUCUAUCGGAAGGCCGGAGGUUUUGAAAAGGCGAAUUAUCAGAACUUUGUCCGUGGAUAUGAAGACUCCACCGACGUUUGGUGAACGACCUUCUGCGUCGACCGCCAUAAGUCAUGAGAGUAAUCCCGAGUUAAAAAGUAGAUCUUUCAAAGGCCGGCUUGGAAAAAGUGACGGAAUUGGACGGUCUUACACUAUAUCGGCUGAUGAGUCCUCAUCGAUGACCCCAGCCGACAGUUCAGAAUCUAAAGUUCAGUCCUCUUCAGCAACUGACGAUGCUGAAAAAUCUCAGAGCUUUAUGGAUUCUCAGAAACAGAAGCUAUCUGAUCCAACAAUUCUGGCUAAAUUAACGCAACGGAUGCCAGUUCAAACAACUAGCGAAUUUUCGACCAAAACUUUUUUACCGAAUGGAGGAAUACGUUGA